AUGGCUUCAGGAAGGAAAUCCAAAAUUUUCGCUUAUGCCGACUUUGACCUUCAAGCCUUGUGCCAUCUCGCCAGCGCACUACGGCGGGGCAUUCCAUGCACUUGUGAUCGCGAUCAAUUUCCUGAUGCAGGAAGCUAUCAUUGGGCUAUCUUCAUUUCAUUUGCAGACCAGGUGCGAUGGGUCUUCAGAUCCCCGCUGAUGAAGGAUUCUAUGCCAGUAGAGACGAGGGCAAAGAUUAUCGCCAGUGAGGUUACCACGCUGCGAUGCGUCAGGACUUACAGCAAUAUUCCAGUCCCAGAUGUUUAUUACCAUUGUGUUUCGUCCAAUAACGCUAUCGGAGUUCCAUUCAUUUUGAUGAGUGAGGCAUCUGGCAGGCCAUUGUCGAAUCUUUGGAGAGCACCCAGUUCUCUAGACAUCCGCAUCAAAGACAAAAUUCUUCAUCAGCUUGGACGAAUUACUUGGAAGCUUUCGCAGUUGCGUUUCGAUAAAAUCGGCUCGCUCUUUGAGGAACAUGGAUCUUUUAGCGUCGGAGAGUGUCUUUCACGUAGUCAUAUGUCCCACCAACGGUACCAGCUAGAUAUUCGACGUGGGCCUUUCGCUUCAGAAGCGGAGUUUUAUGACAGUGUUGUUGAAGCGUUUUCACAGCACGCGGAGCUUCUACCGUUAAAGACACAUUGCUUCAUGGCACCCGUUCCCAUGCGGAAAGACUUCAACCGGGGAGGACAAUACCGAUAUGCCGAGAAACUCUGGAUUGACUUCAUGCUCAAUGGAAAGAAGAUUGACUCCGCUGACAACAGACUUGAUUACAUGAUCGCUGCCGACGCUCUCCGUGACAUUGUGCCUAAACUCGAAUUUCCAUCUGUUAUCCCGACCUUCCCGUUAUUUCACCCUGAUUUGAGUGUGAAUAAUAUAUUUGUGGACAAUGACUACAAUAUCACUUGCGUUAUUGACUGGACGUUCGCUUCCUCCGUCCCUGAAUCAAUGUUACUGGCCCAUCCAGGUUUACCGCAACACCGCAAUGAACUCGAUCCGGAGCUAUUCGCGCCCUUCCAUAGUGGCUUUAUUGCCACCAUGCCAGCUGCAUCGAUUGAAAACACGUUGAUCCAUAGAUAUCUUGAGUCUUUUGAGCGGAGCCAAGAUGUUUGGGGUUUGACUCGACUUCUUGACAUGGACUUAGCGCAAGAUUACAUAGUCUUUGCCAAGCUCUGGGAAUCUGCGUAUGGAUCUGAAAAGAACCUACAGCGAUAUUUUCUCCAAAAACGACGCUCACCUCACUACACCUGGCUUUACCGACAGGUUCAAAAGCAAGACUACCCGCAAUCAAAAAUCCAAAAGGAAGAAAAUGACUAUUUUCGAGACAAGGUCUUCAGACACACCAUCGCUAGGAAACUGACGCUCGUGUCCGAAUUCAAAGCGCGGUAUGCUGAUAAUUCGGAACCAAGACUGCGAAACAAUAUGUUUGUCACGUCUCCCAAGCUAUGGAGGUGGAUUGAGUUUUGUUUGGUUGGUUGGGUGAGCUCGGGAAUAGUUGAUUGGAUGAUAAUGCACUGA